UCUGAGUAGUUCCUUACUUUUGGGCAUGAGCCAGUUCAGGCAGAGUUCAUCCAACCACGGCCCAACCGAGCACCAGUCUCCCUCCCCAGUCAUCUCCAUCAUCGCAACGUCCAUUCAUUACACAUUACUUCCAUCGACUAUCAGGCCUAGCAUCACUACAACGGCCUUCAGUGUCUCCAAUUUUAUUAAGAACCAGGGCAUUCUUUAUCUCAGCAGAUUAAACCAGACAACUUCACCAAACCAAGAUGGCUGCGCAGGAUAAAAGAAAGAAUAAAAAAAAGCAACAAAAAAAGGAGAAGAAAAAGGGUGGCAAAAAUGCCACACCAUCCUCCCCAAAAAGUUCAUCAGGAUCUGAAAACGUUCCCUCGACGGCCGCUAUCAAAGAACCCUAUACAAUCCGUGGAAAGAGCUGGGCAUCUGAAGUCGAAGAAGAGAUUGAAAACAACCGACGAGCAGGCAUCACGAUUGAAGAUGCAGGAAAGUGCACCUCUGAAGCUUCUGUAACAUCACGAAAUGCCUCUGAGCAAACGGCCAUGGAAAAAGUCCAAGCUUUGCUCCGUGUACCUCCUGUUGCAGAUAAGCCAAGGUCCGUGUCCGAUGGCCUCGAGCAAGGCCGCGACGAAAAAAUCAGAGACGCCCUUCUCAAGGGCGUACGAUCAGGGUCUGUUACAGAACAAGAUCUCAAAAGAUUAAUCCUUACGCGUCUCGCAUCAUUUCCAUUUCAACCAGAGAACGCUGCUACGUCUGAGAUUGAAACAGACCUUGCCAAGCUCGGCGUAUCACUUGAUCAUCUCCGAGACAAAGAUACAAAAAGCGAUGUGCCUAGUGGUCUUGCAUCAUCUCCCACAGCCCCUAACUGUAGCGUAAGAAGCUACAAGGCACCCAAGAUCCCUAGCGAGAUCGUCGAGGUCGUCGAGGUCAACGAGAUCAACGAGAUCAACGAGGUCAACGAGAGGGAUGAGGUUAUCAAGGCCGAGGAGUGGGAUUUUCAAGACGAGAUCAUGGUCGAUAAACCCGCUCACAAGAGCGACGUGCCUGUAGAUGAGACGGAGAAUACUACCAAGGUCAACGGUCACAGUCUUCAUUCUCAAAACCCAUUUCAAAUUCUCGAAACCGAUUUUAAGAACGACGCAUCUAAUGAGGAGGAGACUGAAGUAACAGAGUGCGACCAGUCGGAAGAUUCCAAUCCCGAAGACAAAAACUCCAUCAAGGUCAAUUAUUGCAGUUCUCAAGCUCAGAAAAAGGUUGAUGAUAGCCGCUCUAUGACCGGCGUACCUUUUAAGGAGAAAGUGGAUGGGGUUGAUGGCUAUGUUUCUCAAACCACAGAAACCAGCCAGUCAGACAUCUUCUUCGAUGCUCAAGAUGUAGGGCCUGCCGGAUCUGAAAAUUCUAAUUCCUGGGGUAAAGAGUCCAAGUCGGAUAUUAUGGGCGAGUUGCACUAUGGUGAGCAUCAAGACACAGAGCCUCAGGGCCAUGCCGAUGGCGCAGAAUAGUGUGAGGAGGUACUGAAACAUUCUGCCUACCAUACGCAACUUGCUAAAGAGCAAUCGAAACAUGCCUCGUUAAAGAUUUACCAAUGCGA